AUGGUUCCCCGGUGGAAAGAAGGGUCCACGGGGUGCACUUCUGCUGGCAGAGUCACAGCCCAUGCCCUCCUAUCCUUCCUUGCUCUCUCUGCCUCUCCAGUCAGCGCCUGGGGCCACGAUAGAGCCUCCGAGCAAGUGGUUCUUCCUCUUCCUCAAGAACCCAUCUCGCAUCCUCUGCGGCCAGAACCUCCGGCCCCCGCAGACCACACCUUUACCCUCCGCCACAUCUACCAUCACGGGGCCUAUCAGCACCCCAAGCUACACAGGAGGAAGGAUAUCUCAAGUAAAGAUGCCCAGGUCUGGAUUGCAGCAGAAGACGGUUCUGGCCGGGAGCAGCUACCCGUCUUGAAAGCAAGGAGUCACGCGCAAAGGAUCGAGAGGCUCGUGGAUCGACGGCCGAGUAUUGUUGAUCCUAUGGUGGCGUUGGCCCGAGAAAGAGGCUACGUUUCCGUACUCUCGCCCGACGCUUGGACGGUUGACGAUGUGCCAUCACCGGACAUUACCGACAAGGACACCGUUCUUAACAUGGCCUACAUGACCUCAAAUGCCUAUGUUGAGACACCCGACAACGCAGACUGGUUCGAAGUUGGGCAGCCCUACAACAAGAGUGCUGACUUUGGAUGGGAAACGGACGGGUUGCGGGGACAUAUCUUCGCCGAUGAGACCAAUUCAACCAUCGUCAUUGGUCUCAAAGGCACGACGCUGGCUGUGUUUGAUGGAGAUGGCACGACUACAAACGACAAGGAGAAUGAUAACCUGUUUUUCAGCUGCUGCUGUGGUCAGCAAGGCCAGUGGACCUACCGACAGGUUUGCGACUGUGCUACGGGGACGUACAGUUGCAACACUACCUGCGUCUCUAAGGCUCUGCGUGAGGAGAAUCGCUACUACAUGGCUGCUCGUGAGCUGUAUUCAAACGUCACAGAGCUCUACCCCGACUCCAACAUCUGGCUUACGGGGCAUUCCCUUGGUGGCGCCGUCGGUUCCUUUCUGGCCCUUACCUACGGACUUCCCGCUGUCACAUUUCAGGCUGUUCCCGAGGCUUUGGCUGCUGGACGUCUAGGCCUGCCAGUGCCGCCAGGCUCAGACCCUCAGAACCCACAAACUCGACAAUACACCGGCACGUAUCAUUUUGGCCACACGGCUGACCCGGUGUAUAUGGGCACGUGCAACGGCGCCACCGCGUCGUGCUCGUAUGCCGGAUAUGCCUUAGAGACGGCCUGCCACACUGGCUACGAAUGCGUUUACGAUGUUGUCUCAGACCUCGGUUGGCGUGUGGGCAUCGGCACUCAUAAGAUCCACACGGUCAUCAAAGACAUCCUGCGCAAGUACGACUCCGUUCCUGAGUGCAAGUAUACGCCGGAAUGCCGGGACUGUGCCAAUUGGAAGAUGUACGAAAGCAAUGGGACAGAGAGCACGACAACAUCACGCUCCUCCACCACGACCAAGACCCGGACGCGGACAGAGACUUGUAAGACACCCGGUUGGUGGGGCUGCUUGGACGAAACGACAACCACGACUGGCAAGACGACAUCCACUACGACAACAACUAGCACGUCGACUUCGACUUGCAAAACGCCUGGAUGGUUCGGAUGCAAGGACAAGACGACGACAACGUCAGCACCAGUCACAUCGCCAACCACCGUGCCUACUGCAACGGCCACAACAACGUUGACUGUUCCAACCACCACCUGCGAAACGCCUGGGCGAUUCUGGGGUUGCAACGAUAAGACUCUCACAGUGAGCCCAACGACAUCACAUGAGAUCACCGAAGCACCCUCGGCACCCACCAGUGCCGCCUCCCCGACCGCCAGCACAACGCAGUCCGCUCCAUCGAAAGGGAAGUGUACACAUCGCUCUUGGUUUGGGUGGUGCAAGGAGCGAGACCAUGUUGACACGCAGGAGAUAGUGGAAAUCUAG